AUGGCCCGCACUCGAGCCCAAACAGCAGCCCAAAGGGCGCUCCCAUCGCCGGCGCCAAAUUAUCAAGGUACUUAUUCUUCGCAGCGCCAAAGGACAUCUCCGCUGAUGCUUGCAGGAAAUCGACCCCAGGGCAUCCAGCCGCGCAAAGGCAGUUCUCAAAAGCGCGCUACCAGGCGUGCCGAACGCAAUCGCUUGCGUCUAACUAAACACAGCGAGACGCCGUCCCUACAGGAUUCGCCGGCGAUCCAACGCAGAGGUCGCAAGCGCAAGCAUUCAAUCGAACACGCACUCGAGGCCGGCCCAGACCCAGACCCAGACCCGAAACGACAACGGACGUCCCUUCCACGCCCAACCGAAGACGUAUUGGGCGAGCCGGCGAUCAGCAGCAGCGCCUACAAACCCACUGACCCAGUUGCUUUCUGGGUGGAGAAAGAGCACUGGCCAGAGGAGCAGGACUGGCCGGAAGAGACCUCAGAGACGGAGCUUACCAUGGACCGUCUACCACUUGCGAAGAAGAAAUCCUCGUCCAAUCUGCGGAAGCGGUCGAUCUCUGCCACAUCCACGACGCCCAGCGACCAGAAGCCGAGGGAGGAGAAGAGCGCGCCAUACCGAGACCAGCGUUACGAGACCCUGCUCGAGAUCAAUGGUAGCUACAUGACCAAAGCUCCGUUGGGCGUGGCCAGAGCCAGCCAGACUCUUUGCCGGUCUCUCCUGGAGAUGACACCGCCAGUUCCCAGCGAUACACUCUUUCGCGACGAUGUCUUUGAAACGACAUGCCAGAAGAUACACAACAAAAAUGAGGCGCGGGUAAUUCAAGAUAUCAGUCGGCUCAUUGUUCCUUCAGCUGAAAGUCUUGCGACAUUUGGUGCAAAUCACCUUGACAUCCUUGUCGAGAGCGUCAACGAAGGGUGGAACAACUCGAUCCCCCUCACCAGCACCCGUCCACAGCCUGACUACUCCGUUGGGUUCAAACGAGACGCAUUCACCGAGGACCAGCUCGCCAAGCUGUCGCCAUUCAUUGGCGACUUCAUCACCGGGGACCAGUCCUUCUUCAUGGCCACGUAUUACAUGUACUUCCCGUUCCUGACCUGCGAGGUGAAGUGCGGCGCCGCUGCGCUCGACAUUGCAGACCGGCAGAACGCCCAUAGCAUGACCCUUGCGGUGCGGGGCAUUGUCGAGCUCUUCCGUGCUGUCAAGCGGGAGGAUGAAGUCAACCGGAAGAUCCUCGCCUUCUCCGUCUCGCAUGACCACCGGUCAGUACGGAUCUACGGUCACUACCCGGUGAUAACUGAGAAAGACAUCAAGUACUACCGGCACCCGAUCCACGAUUUUUCCUUCACUGCGCUCGACGGAAAGGACAAAUGGACAGCAUAUCGAUUCACGAAAAAUGUCUAUGACACAUGGAUGCCCGCUCACUUCAAGAACAUCUGCUCUGCCAUUGAUCGGCUGCCGUCAAAUCUGGACUUUGAUGUCCCACCACUUUCCGAGGCGACCGGGCUUUCCCAGGAUUUGGGGAACUUGAUGCAGUCAGAUGCCAGCUGCGCUUCUAUACCUGACGAGCGGGGCAGCCAGUCGAGCAAUGCCGGGCAGCAGGCGGUCACUCCAGGUACCUCAUUCAGUGAACCGAAGAGGAGGAAAGGAUGA